UAAACAUUGUUUAAGGGUAUUACUGGCCAUUAUUCGUACAUCAAAUGAUGAUGCAGUGAUUCUGGUUUCGUGCUCAAAAUGUGAUGAAAAGUUCCAUUUAAAGCCUUGUUUAAAUCGUUUUUAAAUGCUCACUGUGUUGUAAGUAAUGAGUAAAGUGAAUUGCAACACGCUUUUAGUGUCCAAUUAGAAGCAAACCGCAGCUGGAUUCGUUCAUACCGGCACGCGCUUCUCACCCAUCCGGCAACGUAAACAAUAAACCCUUGAAGCAGCAAGCGACACGCCAGAAGGGAGAAAAUGGAUCGGGAGGAAGACUUUGACAUCUCCAAGCGAGAUGCGAAGCGGCUGGCGGAACCGCUCAUUAAGGCCGCCUACGCGGACGGUAUCGAUGCCGGGCGGCAAGUGCACUAUCAGCGCAAUUUUGACGAGGGCUACCGGAAAGGGUUCGCCGCCGGAUUCGAGCACGGUCAGCACCAGGCCCGGCGAGCACUGGAGGAGCAAGGGAGAAGACCGGCAGCAACCGGUGGUGGUGGUGGUAGCUGAUGAGACGUGUCGGGCGUAAUCGAUCAAAAAUGACGUUGGAAUUGGAAAUACAUGCAAGAAGAGCUGCGUAA